CUCCCUCCACCACUACCUACACUUCCUUACUCGUGAAACCUUUCCAACUAGUUCUUAUUUGUUCUACAUUUCAACCUUUCAUUUUCAUUAUAUUGUUGCUGCUUAUGAUGGCUUCGAGGGUGGUUUCGCUUAUGGUGAUGAUGGUGAUGUUGUUUGCCAUGAGUUGUAACUGCACUAGCGUUGGCCACAUGCCUUCAACCAAAGAGGAUGGUCACGAUUAUCAGGAGGCCAAAGCCAAGACAACACAAACUGCGAACAAGGCCAUGGAAACAGGCCAAGAGGGCAAAGAAGCCGCUGAGUCAUGGACAGAAUGGGCCAAAGAGAAACUCAGUGAAGGACUUGGCUUCAAACAUGAUCAAGAACCUAAGGACACCACCACUAAGAAAGUCUCUGACUGUGCCACUGACACUGCACACAAAUCAAAGGAAUGUGCUAGUCACGCUGCUCAGAAAUCAAAGGACUAUGCUGGUGAUGCUGCACAGAAGACCAAGGACUAUGCUGGUGAUGCUACUCAGAAAUCAAAGGAUUAUGCUGGUGAUGCUGCUCAGAAAUCAAAGGAUUAUGCUGGUGAUGCUGCUCAGAAAUCAAAGGAUUAUGUUGGUGACACUGCUCAGAAAUCAAAGGAUUAUGUUGUUGAUACUGCUCAGAAGACCAAGGAUUGUGCCACUGAUGCUGCACAGAAGACUAAAGAUUAUGCUGCUCAGAAGACCAAGGACUAUGCAAGUGAUGCAAGUGAUGCUGCAAAGAAGACUAAGGAUUAUGCUGCUCAAAAGACCAAGGAAUAUGCAAGUGAUGCUGGCGAUGCUGCACAGAAAACUAAAGAUUGUGCUGCACAGAAGACCAAGGACUAUGCAAGUGGUGCUGCACAGAAGACCAAGGACUAUGCAGGUGAUGCUGCGCACAAGGCCAAGGACUAUGCAGGUGAUGCUGCGCACAAGGCCAAGGACUAUGCAAGUGGUGGUGCUGAAAAGGCCAAGUACUAUGCAAGUGACGGUGCACAGAAUGCCAAGGAUUAUGCAAGUGAUGCAGCGCAGAAGACAAAAGACUGUGCUGGUGGUGCUGCUCACAAGUCCAAAGAGGCUUCUGAAUAUGAAACUGACUCGGCUCAGAAGACCAAACACUAUGCUGAUGAUGCUGCUAAGAGAAGCAAAGAGGCGUCUGAAUAUGCCAGUGAUGCGGCUCAGAGGACCAAAGAGGCUUCUGAUCAAGCCAGUGACACAGCACAGAGUACAAAAGACUACUACAGAGAAAAAUUCCAAGACAUUGCGGCUGAGGCUGGUCAAUACAGUGCAGAGAAGGCUAGAGAAAUGAAGGAUGCAGCAGCAGAGAAGGCUGGUGACAUAGCAAAGGCUGCGAAGCAAAAAUCAAAGGAGAUGAAGGACAAAUUAGGUGGACAACACCGUGAUGCUGAGCUUUGAAUCACCUCUUCUGCCACAAAAUAAUCUUGUGUGUUUGUUUGUAUAUAGUGGACUGUGUCUUUGUGUAAUGGUCGAUGAUGGAAUGUUUUCUUCAACUUUAGUUCAAAAAUAAUACAUGUCAUUUCUUCCAAUAACAAGUGCAAUGCUUCUAGUAUC